CACUAAUACCAGUAAUAAUGAUGAAGGUAACAGCAAAAUAAAAAAAAUUAAAUCGGACAACAAUAAUAGUAUUAAUAGUAAUGAUGAAGGUAACAGCACAAUUAUUGACAAUGAAGAAGAUGAUGACAAAGAUGUUGAUGAAUGA